UCCGAAGAACAACCCUCAGACAAAGCAAACGAGGAAGACAUUUCUAGGCAAGUAUGUAAUGAUCCUCCAACCCUUUUCCGCCCAGUGGCCAAACUCAGUUCUUUUAACCCUUACAACCACAUGGAAGGGUCUUCCACUCCACAUACACUAAACCAAAACAAGUUCCAGUCGUGUAAACAAGACACAGCAAUGCUGAGAUUGGUUGAAGGAGCUUACAGCGAACGGUUUGUGCCUCAGAAAUGCGGAAGUGGGUGUUGCAGCGUUUCUCAGAAAGACUCAUUGUUGGGUCCAGAGUUUGUGGACUACUUGGACCCACCAACGUUCCCUAGUUAUGAACUAGCUGCUAUAGCGACUGAUAUAAGCAGCCUCGCAUGGUUGAGAAGCGGUUUGGAGAGCAGCAGCGUGAGAGCGAUGGAGGAAGCAGCUGGUCGGUUAAGGCCACAGGGGACAAGAGGACAUCGAGAUCAUUGUCUUGUGUCUGAACAAGGAAAGAGCAGAACCAAUGUCCUGUCUACAUAAAAAUU